CACCUUAAGAGGUUUGCAGGCUUGCACUAUGGCAGAAGCGGAUCUUAACAUGGUCUCGGAACCUGCCGCCCAUGGGGUUGCUGAAGAGAUGAUGGCUAGCUCGUCUAGUGAUUCUGGGGAAGAAUCUGAUAGCAGUAGCUCUAGCAGCAGCACUAGUGGCGGCAGCAGCAGCAGCGGCAGCAGCAGCCGCAGCAGCAGCAGUGGCAGCAGCAGUAGCCGCAGCCGUAGCUACUUAUAUAGAAAGAAGAGGGUACCUGGGCCUUCCAGAAGGGCGCGGCGUGCUCCGUCGGGUAAAAAUUUCGUAGAUCGGCUGCCUCAGGCAGUUCGAAAUCGUGUGCAGGCGCUCAGAAAUAUUCAAGAUGAAUGUGACAAGGUAGACGCCCUAUUCUUAAAGGCAAUUCACGAUCUCGAAAGAAAAUAUGCCGAACUCAAUAAGCCUCUGUAUGAUCGGCGGUUUCAAAUCAUCAAUGCAGAAUAUGAACCUACAGAGGAAGAAUGUGAAUGGAAUUCAGAGGAUGAGGUGUUCAGCAGUGAUGAGGAGGUACAGGAAGACAGCUCUAGUGAAAUGCCUGCUUUAGAGGGUGAGGAAGAAGACGACGACCCUAAAGAAAAACCUGAGGUAAAGGCUGAAGAAAAUGAGGUUCCUAAAGAAAUUCCGGAGGCAAAGGCUGAAGAAAGAACAGAGUCUAAAGAUUUUGUGGAGGCAAAGCCUGAAGUAAAAGAAGAGCCUAAAGAAGUUCCCCAGGCAAAGGCAGAAGAUAAAGAACAGCCUAAAGCAACAGAGGCUAAGGCAAGUGCUGCAGUAAAAGAGGCUCCUAAAAGAGUUCCUGAGGUCAGGCCUAAAGAAAGAGUGAAUCUGAAAAGAGCUCGUAAGGGAAGGCCUAAAAGAGAAGAUCCUAAAGGCAUCCCUGACUAUUGGCUAACUGUUUUAAAGAAUGUUGACAAGCUGGGGCCCAGGAUUCAGAAAUAUGAUGAGCCCAUUCUGAAGUUCCUGUCAGAUAUUAGCCUGAAGUUCUCAAAACCUGGCCAGCCUAUAAGUUACACAUUUGAAUUUUAUUUUCUGCCCAACCCAUACUUCAGAAAUGAGGUACUGACCAAGACAUAUAUAAUAAAGUCAAAACCAGAUCAUGAUGAUCCCUUCUUUGCUUGGGGAUGGGAAAUUCAAGAUUGCAAAGGCUGUAAGAUAAUUUGGAGAAGAGGAAAGGACGUUACGGUGACAACCACUCAGAGUCGCACAACUGCUACUGGAGAAAUUGAAAUCCGGCCCAGAGUGGUUCCUAAAGCAUCAUUCUUCAAUUUCUUUAACCCUCCUGAGAUUCCUAAGAUUGGAAAGCUGGAACCACGAGAAGAUGCUAUCCUUGAUGAGGACUUUGAAAUUGGUCGAACUUUACAUGAUAAUGUCAUCCUGAAAUCAGUCUAUUACUAUACAGGAGAAGUCAAAGGUACCUAUGAUGAUGGUAAAGAUUAUGGAAACAGGAAAUAUCGAAAAUAAAAAACCAGCUACCUGAAAAGAAUUUGCAAGAUCUCAAAACUUCAGACAGAAACGAAGCAGGUUUAUAUAGCCUUGAAAAAAAACCUGUCCUAUAACCUCAACACUAGUAUUCUUUACAGCCUUGUGCUUUUGUAUUUUCUUGGUGGUCUAAAAUACUGUCUUAAAAUGUCUAAGUGUCAGUUUAUUUUAUAUAGCCUGUUGUAGAGUAAUAUUCUUUAAAACCUGUAAACUGCUGUCCGUUAUCUGAAGCAUGUUAGUUUGGUGCUACAGAGUUUUGAUUUUUGUGAAAUCCUUUUGUCAUGUUCCUAUCAGAAUGUAACUGUGAAAACUGUUAAAAUUGUUAUCCCAAACAAAUAUUUGCUUGAACAAAACAAGUUACUAAAGUAACAAUACAAGUGUGUGUUUGUUUUUUUCUAGCCCAGAAGACUAGGGCUUUAAAUCUGCUUGCACUAUCUGUGCCUUCAUUACUUUGCUAUAGUACUUAUAUUAACUAGAACAGUGCAUUGUGAAAUUUGCUUGAAAAAAGAUGAACAUACUUUUAAGAAUGUCUAUCAGUACUAUAUAUGAUGUGACUGAGCUUGUUUAUGUGACGGUGUGUGGUCUAUAAAUGUAAUCAUACUGAAGUUACUGUUUACCACUGAAGUGUUAAUAUGACAUAGUAUUUAAAAGUUUCCUCCUAUAGAGUGUAACUGUAAACUAAAUUACUAACCACAUUUUUUGUACUGUGUUCUACUUUGCCUUUCACUGAAAAUGAUCACUACAUCAUUUGAUAUUUUUUCAUGUACUUCAGU